CGUACCGGCUUACACUCAGUUCCAUCUGUGUUUGAGAGGUUGCGCUUCUGGCAACGGUCUUCGUCGUAAAGGGGAACUGCUUUAUUUCUUUUUUUAUCCCAGCUUUUGGGUCUAAUGGACAAACUCUUUGUAAAUGCUUUUUAAGAAUCUUCACUCAAGGAAAUCACACACUGGCUACUCAGCAGGCCCUGGCCUUGAGUCUUAUUUGAAAGGGUUUAACUUCACUGGUGAGCCACCUUGGCUUCUCUGCACCUGAGUGACAACAACACCAAAUUCCAUUUCUUUCAUAUCAAAUUCACCAGUGACCAUUCUAAAGGACUUCUUGCAACCAUGAACACUGCCACGCCCACUGACUUUGACUUGUCUUUCCUCGAUGAGGGUUUCUCUGCUCGUGACAUUGUUGAGCAGAAGAUCAAUGAGUCGUCCAUGACGGAUGACAGGGAUGCCUUUUAUGUCUGCGACUUGGGGGACGUGGUAAAGAAACACCUGCGAUGGGCUCGGGCUUUGCCUCGUGUUAGACCUUUCUAUGCUGUCAAAUGCAACGACAGCCGGGCUGUGGUGAUGACACUGGCGACCCUCGGAACAGGCUUUGACUGUGCAAGCAAGACGGAGAUUCAGCUGGUUCAGUCUCUGGGAGUGGAUCCAAGCAGAAUAAUCUAUGCUAACCCCUGCAAGCAGGUUUCUCAGAUAAAAUAUGCAUCUGCCCACGGGGUCCAGAUGAUGACCUUUGAUAGUGAGGUGGAACUCAUGAAGGUGGCGCGCUGCCAUGACAAUGCCAAGUUGGUUCUCCGUAUUGCCACAGAUGACUCGAAGGCCGUUUGCCGUCUGAGCGUGAAGUUUGGGGCCCCCCUCAAAGCUUGUCGAGGUCUCUUGGAGCGUGCCAAAGAGCUGGGGCUUGACGUGAUUGGUGUCAGCUUCCAUGUUGGCAGUGGCUGCACCGACCCGGAAACCUAUACCCAGGCUAUCGCAGAUGCACGCUGUGUGUUUGAUACAGGGGCUGAGUUGGGCUUCAACAUGGAUCUCCUGGACAUUGGAGGUGGUUUUCCUGGGUCAGACAAUACAGAGCUUAAAUUUGAAGAGAUCACAGGAGUAAUCAACCCAGCCCUGGACAAGUAUUUUCCUGUUGACUGUGGUGUUAACAUAAUUGCUGAGCCCGGGCGCUUCUAUGUGGCCUCUGCUUACACACUGGUUGUGAACAUCAUUGCCAAGAAAGUCAUCAUGGAUGAGGAGUUUGCCUCUGAUGAGGAAGAUGAAGGGACCAGUGACAGGACUCUGAUGUACUAUGUCAACGAUGGAGUGUAUGGCUCUUUCAAUUGCAUUCUUUAUGACCACGCUCACUGUCUGCCAACCCUGCAUAAGAAGCCAAAGCCAGAUGAAGUGAUGUACCCCUGCAGCAUCUGGGGCCCAACAUGUGACGGUCUGGACCGCAUUGUCGAGCAGUGUAGCCUGCCUGACAUGCAGGUGGGCGACUGGUUGGUGUUUGAGAACAUGGGCGCCUACACAGUGGCAGCCUCCUCCACCUUCAACGGCUUCCAGAGACCCGACAUUCACUACGUCAUGUCACGUCCUACCUGGCAACUUGUGCAGCAGAUCUGUUCACAGGGCAUCCCAGCACCUGCAGAAGAGUCAUACCUGUUUGAAGUGCCUGCCUGUUGUGGCAGGGAGAGCAGCUUGGACCUGCCUGCUGAGCCUUGCCAGGCCCAUGUGAUUUAGAUAUGCAGUAUGUCUGUCACAUGUAACAUCAGUUUAUGGACAAGGGUUCUGUGUAUAAGGAUUUUUAUUUUCUUGUUUUUCUGCCCUGUUACCUAAAAUGUACAGUGCUUAACAAAUUUAUCACGCCACUAGCCAUAAAAACCAAGCACAGAUCUUAACUCUGUCACAUUUAUCAGGCAGAAAGAAAAUUCCACUGUGCCAGUCUGGGUCUGAGGUAAUCAAACCUAAUAUUUAACCACUGAAACCUUUCCGUUCAGAAAUUCAAGUGAAUGACUGACAUUUGUCAUUUUAACAGUAUAGCUCUUUUUUUCUUUUUUUUCUCCUCCUUCAGCUCCAUGAUGGCAAUAAUUACCUCUUGGCAUUAAUUAUUUUGAUUAAACAGAUUACACAUACUGGUAGAUGAAACAUUACAGAAACAAAUGAUCUUUGGCACUUGCACUAGUGUUAAUUAGGGCAGCUGUGGCAUAAACCUUCCACUGGAUGGUGCUCUAAACUUUUUAAGCACUGUAUGUGAACUUUUCCAGGCCAGUUACUUGACAGAAUGAGAGGGAUGUGUCGCAGACAUUUCAGUUCUUUAUGGAAGCUCGAGAUCAACCCUGAAUGAAAUGAGGCUGAAUCACACUCUUGUGUCUCUGUUGGUUCCAGGUACAGUGCAAAGCUCUGUACUUGAAUUUGCUGCUGUAGGUUUCCCAGCAGAGUCUGUAAGCGCUUGAGUACUGUAGUUCACAAUGAACCUAUUUAAACUGGAAUAGUAUAGGGAGGGAAUUUGUAUGGACUUGCAGCACUGGAACCUGAUUUGGAAACAAAUUUUUGAGCAGACUUGACAGCACAAAGUAAGAAGGCAGGUUUAUUAAAGAUCCAGAGGCUUCGAUUUGGUGCACUGUUUUGUGUGGUAAUUAUGUUUUAUUAAAUAUCUUUUUGUGGGUUAACUGGGGGAAAUGAAUUACUGUCUCCUUUAUCUUAAGUGAGCCCUCUGGUAGCCCUUCUUUCUGUAGUACUCAAAUACAAUCUGGAUUUUUAGUAUUCAAUAUCAAGUUCUCAUUUAUUUAUUAUAUUUAUAAGAAGUCAGGGAAUGUGCACCCUUUUGUUAAACUGCUGUUCUGUCUACAGCUGAAGUAACAUCCUCAGCUGGUAACUUGCACAGAGGCAAUGGUGUGUGGUUUUAAAUUCCUCAAAAGUGGCUGCUAUAUUAUUUAACUUUUCCAUGAUCUUGACUUCUGUAAAGAACAUCCCCCCCCUCCACCCCAAGAGUGUUAAUCCUCAAGAUGACAAAGCUUAUUUAUUUGUCAGCAGUUAUUUAGUGCUUGUUCUAUCAAAGCUUCUCUGUAGAUUUUGACUAUAACCUGUAUUUUCUGUAUAAAUUUUGAAUAUGUCUCACAUGGCAUGAUAUAUGCAUGAAUCAUACUCUGCAUGUUGAAACAGCAUAUAUAAUGUAUAUACGCAACAGAUUUCAGAGACUACCCAAAAUCAAUCUUAAAGAUUAACACUUGAGCACAGGGACUCAAAGCAGACUGCCCCUCUUCUCUCUUCUCCUUUCCCUUUUUUUUUUUUUUUUUUUUUUGUUAAAUUUAAUUUGUUUUCCAGUUAUCAUAUUAAUGAGCAGAAGCAGUGUUUUAACUAUACUUUUGAAAUGGAUAUGAAAGAGAUGGGAAUGCAUAUUCAUAACGCUUUCCUAUGGAAACUGAAGUUUUGUAUUUUUUUAAAUAAAUAAAUGACCACCUUAGUUUGUG